UCCAUCUUGCAUAACAAACAUAACCCUAUAUCUUUAUCUGCUGAGUUCUUCACAAUCACAGAGUAAAGUACGAUAAUAUUCAUUCUUAAUUUACAAUUAGAUUGGAAUACCUCAAGUGAUGAGAAAUUUAGGAAAUAUACCGUCAGCUUGAAGUCCAAGAUAAGACCAAUGAGCUGUAACGUCUCAGUGUGAUGUUUAAUUUUGUUGUGAGAAGUUUGCCAAACGUCGUCUCACAGAACAUUAUCUCCACUGUAUUCCGUGUUGGUGCCUGGGCCGCUGUCAAGCAACGAGGGGAAAAGUUCCAUUCUAUCCCUAGGUUGGUAAUACUGCCCGGGAUGGACGUCAAGAUCAUACCUGCGUUGCAAGACAACUACAUGUACCUGAUAGUGGACAACGAGACUAAAGAAGCGGCCGUGGUGGACCCAGUAGAACCUGAACACGUACUGGCAGAACUGAAGGGGAAAGAUAUCAAGUUGACUAAGAUCCUCACCACACACCAUCACUGGGAUCACGCCGGAGGCAACAAGAAGCUGCUGAAGGCCUACCCCGAGCUGCCUGUGUACGGUGGGGAUGAGCGGGUAGAGGGGUUGACUACCAGGGUGGGAGACGGUGACAAACUGUAUAUCGGUAACCUAGAGGUGGACUGUCUACACACACCUUGUCACACCAAAGGUCACAUAUGUUAUGUGAUCAAGCCCAAGAAUCAGCCACAAGCUGUCUUUACCGGUGACACACUGUUCAUCGCUGGCUGUGGCAGGUUUUUCGAAGGCACGGCAGACCAGAUGUACAGCAACCUUUAUACAAAGCUUGGAUCACUUCCCAAUGAUACAAAAGUCUUCUGUGGCCACGAAUACACAUAUGCCAAUCUCAAGUUUUCUGCGUUUGUUGACUCAGAAAAUCAGGCAGUGAAGAAAAAGUUGGAAUGGGCAGAGAAAAUGAAAAUUGACAGACAGACGACAGUGCCUUCUACAAUUGGGGAGGAAAAGGAAACUAACCCCUUCAUGAGGGUGGACACGGCACCCCUCCAGUCUCGGGCGCAGACGACGGAUCCUGUAGUGACAAUGGCGUACAUCCGCAAAGAGAAAGAUAACUUCAAGGCAGGUUAAACUAUCCAACGGCCUAGUAUUGGGUGGAUAUGUUAAGAGGCAGUUGAGGAAGGAGAAGGAGGCGAACAAAAUAUUUUCUUCUCCUUUAUAAUUUUCUUUUACUUCUUCGUUCUUCCUCUCCUCUUACAUUUCCUUUCAAGACAUCCUUAUCUCUUUUACUUGUCUUUUCACUUCUUCUUUUUCAUAUUUCAUUUAACUUCUUCCUCCUUCCUCUUAUCUGCUAUCAAAACAUUAUCUCACUUAAUGCACUACUCAUUUUCGAAUGCAAGCAGACAUUGCCAUCAUGUUUACUUCCAUUCUGUUAACUAUGUGAUAGGGCCAUUUUACUCAUUGGUGUCAUGUUGUAUACGUUUCGUACUUUUUUAUUUUAUAGUUUAGGACUGUUGCAAUAAAUUACUUGCUACUGGA